AUGCUCCUGUCAUCUGAAAACUUCCCCCCAGCUAGUUCCAGAAGCCAGCAGAAUCUGAGAGUCCACUUCUUGAAAUUUUCGGAUGAUCUGCUGCAGGCACACACCCUGCCACGUAUUCUGGGUGAGAAAGGUCAACGCGGCAAAAGUCUUCAGGCACAGGCGCAGAAUGGAUCGGGCAAGACGGCUUGCUUCAGCAUCGCCGUGCUGCAAGCGCUUGACAUCAGUGUCAUGCAGCCGCAGGCCAUGAUCUUGUGUCCAACCAGAGAGCUCGCGCGACAAAACCACGAGUUCUUGAACCUUCUGGGGUACGCGCUUGGUCCGAAGACACACCUUGUGUGCCCGGGAAUGGAGCGUGUUCCCAGCGGCUCCACCAUAGACUGUCACAUCUUGAUCGGCACGCCUGGCAAGAUGAUGGACAUGUGUAAGAAGAGAUUCGUCUACGUGAAGGAGCUCAAGGUCUUGGUUCUCGAUGAAGCGGAUGUGAUGCUGGAUCAGGAGAACUUCAUGGGCACCCAUGUGAUGGAUGUUCGGAAGCAUUUGCCAGAAGACAUCCAGAUUCUCUUCUUCAGUGCCACCUACCCUGAUCACGUGCAAAUCUUUGCACGGAAUCUGCUCGCUAGCAAGACCGUGAUCAAGGUCUCCAAGGAGGCGUUGACGGUUGCCAGCAUCCAGCAGACGUACAAGGUUUGCGAGGAUGAGAACGACAAGUUCCAGCAGCUGAUGAACAUCUAUGGUUCUCUCAGCAUGGGCCAGAGCAUCGUCUUCUUCAACUCCCGGAGGAAGGCCUUCCAAAUUGCGGAGCAGCUGCAGCAGGAAGGUCGGGUUGUGUCGCUGAUUUGCGGGUCGCAAGGCAGCGGUCAAGAAGAGGGCCUGACCGUAGAAGAGCGAGACCGGGUCAUGAAUGAGUUCAGGACCGGAGUGACUCAGGUCUUGGUCGCGACAGACGUCCUUUGCCGUGGGAUCGAUGUGCCACAGGUCACCCUCGUGGUGAACUACGAGAUGCCUCUCACCCGUAACUGGGGCGUUGCCAUGGAUACGUACCUGCAUCGAAUUGGAAGGACUGGUCGGUUCGGCCUGAAGGGCGUUGCAGUGAGCCUUGUGACAACGGACGAGAUCAAGCAUGUCCAAGAGGUGAUGGAACAUUACCAGUGCAAGGUGACGGAGAUAGAUUAUGACUGGGAAGAGUUCCAGGACUGGCAGACGUGCUCUCAAAAUUUUGGAAGAUGUUCGGGUUUGUGUUGGAAGAUGUUCGUCGUGCUGCUGUUUGCAGGAGAGGCUGAGCAAGUUGCGGGCUGA